AUUACGCUGAGUCAGCAGUUUUUUACGUACACAACUUUUGCGAAAAACCUGCAGGUUCGGAGAGAUUUCUACGGAUUGCCCCAUUAAGAAAUAAUUUGAUACUUAUAAUUGUGACUGGCAGCCACCCCAGCCACAGCAGGCUCAACAGCAGUUCACGCCAACCCAUUUCGGGCAGAGCAGUCUUGCAGGACCGGCCGACUUCUCUCACUUCUGUAAUUUUGCUGACCAGGCGCAAUCCGUCCAGGGUCAGAGCUUCGGUGACCAUCAGAGCUUGGCCUUCCAGCCGCAUCACACGCAGACCUUCCAGCAGCAGGUAUCGCAGAGGACCUUCUUUAGUCCAGGUCAUCUAGCGGACCGUACAAUCUUCCCACCUGAAGCAGCCAUGGUGCGUAAGGCCGGACCUACCAACAUGAAGAUGCGGCAGGAGAUUCCUGUGCAGCCGCCCGAACAAGUGAUCAAUGAUGACGAGUUGAUGAGCUUCUCGGUUCGCGAGCUGAACCGUCGGCUUCGGGGCUUGCCUAAGGAUCAAGUGGUACAGCUUAAGCAACGUCGUCGUACCCUAAAGAACAGGGGCUAUGCAGCAAACUGUCGUGAGAAGCGAGUCACUCAGAAAGAAUCUUUAGAAGUGGAACAAGAUAGACUCAAGAUGGAGGUUGAAAAGCUGGCCGUUGAGAAUGCCAGGCAGCGAGAAGCCCUUGACGACCUCCACAGGAAGUACAAAUCCCUCCUCCAUGUCACCGCCAAGAGUGGUCCCGAGAAGAUCAAGGUAUUGUCUGGACCGUUGACCCUCGCUGACCUUAACAAGGACAACACCAUCCCUGGUCCAAGCCACCGACAACAAGAUGGGCCUGUUGCAGGUGUUAUGGUCAAGCAGGAGAUCGUGGAUCAGAGAUUGGGGGAUUAAAAGGAGAUCAUCCCAAUCCAUUUAUGACUUUGUAAAGAUCUAAGUUCAGAGAUAUGGACUCUAUACAACUGCGAUCCUUGUUUGGUAUUUUUCAUCCAUGUACAUGUAGACGUGGUAGAUGAGUAGAUCCAAGGCAGUAGAUCCAAGAUUGGAGAUUAAGAUUAACUCUAAUCCUGAUCCAGUCAUGACUUGGCACAGCAUGAAGGCAAAUGUGGACCGUAUACGAUUUUGAGAUCAAAGUGGAUUGUAUAUGAAGUGAGUACAAUUGGGUUCUAGCAGACAUCAAAACAAAGACGGAGAUCAGGAUUAGCCUUCUAAUCCUUAUCCAACUAUAUUGUUGCUCAUAGCAGAGAUUUGGAGUCUCCGUUUUACUCACUUAUAUUCCUCUUUAAUCCAACAUGGUUGUAUGUGGAAGAAGAGACAUACAGCGCCCUAUGAAAGAUUGGG